AUGAAGAGACGUCUGUCGGAAACCGCAGAUCCCGGGCACGAGAGGCGCCACAGUGGGCAUGCUGGCAAGAGACAGCGUGUUGGCUACCGCCGCGCUCUUCUCGAACUUCCCGAAGAACUCCUCUCGAGGAUAUUCGCCUUCCUCGACGUCCGACAACUAAUCGCUCUCGAGUUGGUGUCGCACCGUUUGCGGUAUCUUUCUACGGACAGUGAACUAUGGAAGCAGCAAUUCUAUCGGCAAUGGAUUGAGCCUCGGGCUCGACGCAUACCCAUUGACCUGAGGCCGAAUCCAGCGAAGUUGGUACGUUGGCUCGAGCAUGGUGAGUCGCUGAAGCAUGGCGCCAAAGUAGACUGGAAGCGCCAAUUUAGGCUUCGCAACAACUGGGAGAAGGGCGAGGCCCACUUGCAAGAGGUGGAGGUCGCACACCCUCUGACGCCACCAGUUUUGGCGAAGGUGAACAAGGGACAGAUUUUUACAGCCGACGCCGCCUCCGGGUUGAGGGUGUGGUCGCAGACGCGGAAGGUCAAGAAGCUGGAGGCGCACGUGGAAUUGCACAACGUUCGCCCUACAAGCCUAGCCGUAGACGGCAGCUCGACCGAAGCAAAGAUUGCGAUAGGCUUUGAGAAUGGCCACUGCGAGAUUUACCAGUUCAAGAACUCGACCCUGAAGGCUUACUUCAAUUACACUGUCUCGCCAGGAUCUAUGCUCACGUCAAUGGCGCUGGCCAUGCCAUAUCUCGUAGCCAUGACCAGCGAUAGACACAUCCAUCUUUACCAGUUGACAGAGAAUGACCCCAAUCGAUCCCUAUCGGCUUCGACCAUGGCUGUUCUUCACGCGGACUCUCCUCUGCAUCCAGCGACGUUAUCACUACGGUGUACCCAGAAGAGCGUCAUCGCGACCAUCGCAUAUGCUUUCAACAGGAUAAAUGAGGGAUGGUGCCUCGGUAUUCAGGAAAUCAAGCUCUCCAGAGAGGAUGGCGUGAUGGAGAGCAGGACGGCUUCAAACAUCGAGACGCCAUUGGAUGCAAGGUAUAGAGGACGAAAGCAGUGGGACAUUUCGUCGAGAUCAGCUUUCUCAACACCGCUCACCUUACCGUUUUCACUGAACCCAGACAUCAAGAGUCCGCCGACCUCUUUGUCGUACUCACAUCCAUUCCUCCUUGCCAGUCUCUCCGAUAAUACGAUCAUGUCUUAUAUUGUUCAAUCAGAUGAAGAGAAGCUGGAGGUGAGCUCCGGUCGACGCCUCUUUGGCCAUACCUCAGCCAUAACUUCGGCAGAGGUAAGCAACAGAGGUAAGGCUGUGUCUGUGAGUGCGCGCGGGGAUGAGAUUAGGGUCUGGGAGCUCGAGCAGAUGCUGACCACCGUCCGUGGAAGAGCGAGCACACAAGUCAAGCCACGAAAUGGUGCGCUGAGCGUCGCGGCGGCGUUGGCUCUGCGAGGAAAUGGCCUUGGUUUGGUCUUGCAGGAGAUGAAGCGAGAGCUCGCUAUGACACGAAGAUGGGUGUCGUUCGACGAGGAGCAAGUGGUUGUGUUAGGCGAGAGAGAUGAACGGCAGAUUAUGGCAUGCUACGACUUCGCGUAG